CCCGCUCAAAAUAACCUUUCCCUUUCAAAAGAAGUGACAGUGAUGAUAGCGUCCUAGUAUUACAGAUCUAUACUACUAGAUCCGUUUAUUCUCUCCCAUUUCUGUCUAGUACACAAAUCAAUUCAACAACCUUAAACAUCCAUAAUUUAUUGAUUUAUCAAAACUCUUUAAUCCAUGUCAGCCUCCUCAGCCCGUCGGCUAAGAGAUCGAAAUGGCGUCGCCGCCGCCACAGCUGCCCAAAAACCCACCAAAACCGUAACCCUCAACUCAACCUUCUAUAAUAAUAACCGCAAUUCAGCCAUAAAAGGGUCGCUCCCAGGCAAAGAGAACCCCACCAGGCCCAACUCUCGGGUCCAGAAACCCUCAAUCCUGCCAGUACCCCGUGUUGACAAGGCCGCUGUAGGAGAUGGUAGCGAAGGGCGUAUGCGGUGGUCGACGUCAUCGGCGCCAAGAGGUAGGAGUCCAAGCCCAUCUGAAUUUAUUAGGGUAUUUAGGGAUUCUAGGGUUUGUAAAGGGGAGAGUGAUCAACGAGUGGUGUCGAGUGCAGGGAAGAAGAAUGGGAUUAGGGGUUUGAAAGAGAAUGGUGGAUUUAGUGUGGAAUUGAAGAAAAGGAAUGGACUUUGUGAAGGAAAUGAUUUGAAAAUAUUAGAAAGUAAAAAGCAACUUUGCGGGCUUAAAGUUUUGAAUGAUAACUGUAAUAAACAAGUUAAUUUAAGAAAAUCAAGUGAGCUUGAUUCAAAUUUAGAUUCAAAAGCUGCAAAUGUUUGUAAAUUCGAUAAGUUAUAUGAAGAGAAAUCCGAGCCUGAGUUUAAAUCUGAUAGCUUUAGAGAGUCUAGUGAGAAAUCCUCUGUGAAAGGUAAGGUUUUGGAGAACCUGAAAGAUAAGGGGUUGAGUGAUGAAGGAAGUGGAAGCAAGGUUGGUGUCAAAUAUCCAAGCAAGCUUCACGAUAAGCUCGCUUUUUUAGAAGGAAAAGUGAAGAGGAUUGCGUCGGACAUUAAGAAGACAAAGGAAAUGUUGGAUAUGAAUAACCCUGAUGCGUCCAAGGUGAUACUAUCAGAUAUUCAAGAUAAAAUUUCUGGGAUUGAGAAGGCAAUGGGAAAUGUUGCGGGUACUGGAACAGCUGUGGUCGUGGAGAAGAGUGAAAGUGAGAAGGUAGAGGAUGUGAAGAGUUCGGUUAAAGGGUUGAAUACCGAGGAACUUGAAGAAAGGCUCUUUCCUCAUCAUAAGUUGCUUAGAAACCGAACAUCACUGAAGGCACCUAGAGCAAGUUGUCAAAGUCACGAGUCUGGAUGUGAGUUAAAGGUGGGGGAGAAGUUUUCUGGUCCUAUUGAAGAGAAUCCAAAAGCAUUCGAGCUUUUGUAUUCCCUUGGUAAAGAGGAUAAAAAAGUAACCAUGAGAGAUGCAAAGGUGGGUCUUGAGUCUUUUGAGGUCCAAGAAAUGGGUGAUGAUUCAGUUUCAGGCAAGCAAGACUCUUCAAACAUGUUCAAUCUCAAGUGCGAGGACCUUGUUCUUACAACUGACGAAACACUCGAUGAGUUUGAUGACCAGGAGAAUGGAGAUACAAUCAUGAUUGGCGAGGAAACUGAAGAUACUUGUGUCUAUGAGGUGAAAGAAAUAGGCACCAAAAAUUCUACAGGAGGAUGGUUUGUGUCAGAGGGAGAGUCAAUUCUUCUUAGUCAUGAUGAUGGGUCCUGCUCUUUUUAUGAUAUUGCAAAUUGUGAGGAGAAGGCUGUAUACAAGCCCCCAGGAGGAGUCUCACCUAAUAUAUGGAGAGAUUGCUGGAUGAUUCGUGCACCUGGUGCUGAUGGCUGCUCAGGCAGAUAUGUCGUGGCCGCAUCUGCUGGGAAUACUCUUGAUUCAGGCUUUUGUUCAUGGGAUUUCUAUGCCAAAGAUGUGCGAGCUUUUCACAUUGAGGAUGGAGGAACAACUGCCUCAAGAACAGUACUUGGUCCCUUACCCAACAAUACUGCAUCUCGGAGAAAUGCUUUGUCUAGCAUAUUGUUACCUGAAACUCGACAAUGGUGGUAUAAACCUUGUGGACCUCUUAUGAUCUCUGCUGCCAGCUCUCAAAAAGUAGUCAAAGUACAUGAUAUUCGAGAUGGAGAACAAAUAAUGAAAUGGGAGGUGCAGAAACCUGUGCUAGCAAUGGAUUAUUCAAGCCCUUUGCAGUGGAGAAACAGAGGAAAAGUGGUUGUGGCUGAGGCAGAAACAAUUUCUGUGUGGGAUGUGAACUCUGUUAAUCCUCAAUCCUUGUUGUCUGUUUCUUUGGCUGGUCGAAAAAUCUCAGCUCUUCAUGUGAUCAACACUGAUGCUGAACUGGGUGGUGGGGUUAGGCAAAGAGCAACUUCUGCAGAAGCUGAAGGAAAUGAUGGUGUGUUUUGCACCCAUGAUUCUAUAAAUGUCUUAGACUUUCGCAAUCCAUCUGGUAUAGGCCUUAAGAUACCGAAAAUAGGUGCCAGUGUGCAAUCGGUUUUCAGUCGUGGAGAUUCGAUUUACAUUGGCUGUGCCAAUACGAGGUUUGCAGGGAAGAAACAUCCUUGUUCCCAGGUGCAACAUUUCUCAAUGCGCAAGCAAAGGCUAGUCAACACUUACUCUCUGCCAGAAUCUAAUGCUCAACCACAUUACUCAGCUAUAACACAGGUUUGGGGGAACUCAAACGUUGUAAUGGGAGUUUGUGGAUUGGGGCUAUUUGCAUUUGAUGCCUUAAAAGAUGACGCACCACAGUCUCUCACUGGUGAUAUUGGCAGUACUCAAAAGGUCAAGGAUGUUAUUGGGCCAGAUGACUUAGAUUCCCCUUCUUUUGAUUACUUGGCAUCCUGUGCUCUCCUUGUAUCAAGAGAUCGCCCAGCACUGUGGAAGCGGUUAUUGUAGGUGCUGUUCCUGCCUGCCGCUGAUGUAAUAUGUCUAGAAAAGAUGACUGUGAAUGUGACAACGCCCUGUUGUUUAUGUUUUGUUGUCUAUUACAUGACAUGCUUGAUAUUUAUUUGGAAUUCUAUUCUAUAAAUACCGCUGGGACAUAUCUCAUUCA